CUGACGUCAGCGCGGGCGGGCGGGCGGGCGGGCGCGCGCGGACCUCCUCACUCGGCGCUGGCGCUCCGCGGGGAAGCAUGCGGCUGCCCCGGCUCCUCUGCGCCUUCCUGCUGGCCGCCUGCUGCUGCCGCCGCGCCGCGGGUGUGCUUGGAGAGGCCGAGCCGCCGGAGCCCGAGCUGGUGGAGGUGGAAGUGGGCAGCACAGCCCUCCUGCAGUGCGGCCCCUCCCGUUCCCAGGACAACCUCAGCAACGUGGACUGGUUUUCCGUUCACAAGGAGAAGCCCACACUCAUCUUCCGCGUGCGCCAUGGCCUUGGUCAGAGUGAGCCCGGGGAGUACCAGCACCGGCUCAGCCUUCAGGAUGCGGGGUCUACUCUGGCCCUGACCCACGUCACCCCUCACGAUGAGCGUGUCUUUCUGUGCAAGGGCAAGCGCCCUCCGUCCCAGGAGCACCGCCUCCAGCUCCGCGUCUACAAAGCUCCAGAGGAGCCGAGCAUCCAGGCCAAUGCCUUGGGCAUUUCGGUGAACAGCAGGGAGCCUGAGGAGGUUGCUACCUGUGUGGGGAGGAAUGGGUACCCCGUCCCUCAAGUCAUCUGGUACAAGGACGGCCGGCCUCUGAAGGAGCAGAAGAACCGGGUGCACAUCCAGUCGUCCCAGACCGCGGAGUCCAGCGGCCUGUACACCCUGCGGAGCGUCCUGAAGGCCCAGCUGCGCAAGGAGGACCGCAACGCGCGCUUCUACUGCGAGCUCAGCUACCGGCUGCCCAGCGGGAGCCACAUGAAGGAGUCGCGGGAGGUCACGGUCCCGGUCUUCUACCCGGCUGAGAGGGUGUGGCUGGAGGUGGCGCCCGCGGGGCCGCUGAAGGAAGGGGACCGCGUGGAGAUCCGGUGUCUGGCGGACGGCAAUCCCCCGCCGCACUUCAGCCUCAGCAAGCAGGACCCCCGCACCCGGGAGACGGUGGAGGAGACUACCGACGACGACGGGGUGCUGGUCCUGGCACCGGCGCGCAGGGAGCACAGCGGGCGCUACCAGUGCCAGGGCCUGGACCUGGAGAGCACGGCCUCGCUGCUGAGCGCGCAGCAGGAGCUGCGGGUGGACUAUGUGUCUGAUGUCCGGGUGCGCCCCGCGGCCCCUGAAGGCCACGAGGGCAGCAACCUCACGCUGACCUGCGGGGCGGAGAGCAGCCGAGCCCUGGAGUUCCAGUGGCUGAGAGAAAAGACAGGCCAGGUGCUGGCGCGGGGGCCGGUGCUGGAGCUGCAGGACCUGGACCGCGAGGCGGGGGGCGGCUACCGCUGCGUGGCCUCAGCGCCCCGCGUGCCUGGCCUCAACGCCACGUGGCUGGUCAACGUGGCGGUUUUCGGCCCCCCGUGGAUGGCGCAGAAGGAGAGGAAGGUGCGGGUGCGGGAGAACGCGCUGCUGAACCUGACCUGUGAGGCGUCCGGGCACCCGCGGCCCGCCAUCUCCUGGAGCGUGGGCGGCAAGGCCAGCGAACACGACCAGGACCCACAGCGCGUCCUGAGCCUCCUGAGUGUCCGCGUGACCCCGCAGCUGGUGGAGACGGGCGCUGAGUGCGUGGCCGCCAACGCCCUGGGCAGGAACAGCACCCGCAUCCUCCUGGAGCUGGCCUCCAACACCAGCACGGGGCUCAGCACCGCCACCGUCGGGCCUCACGCCGGAGCCAACGGCACCUCCACGGAGAAAAAGCUGCGCGAGCCCCAGAGCAAGGGCGUGGUCAUCGUGGCCGUGACCGUGAGCCUGCUGGUCCUGGCGCUGCUGGGCGCCGUCCUCUGCUUCUUCUACAAGAAGGGCAAGCUGCCCUGUGGGCGGUCGGGCAAACAGGAGAUAACGCUGCCCCCAUCUCAUAAAAGCACAUUUGUAGUUGAAGUUAAGUCAGAUAAGCUCCCCGAAGAGAUGGGCCUCCUACAGGGCAGCCGCACUGACCAGAGGGCGCCUGGAGACCAGGGGGAGAGAUACAUCGAUCUGAGGCACUAGCGCCGAGGUGGACGCCUUCCUGCCCACACGCCCUGCUCACCCGGCCCACACUCAGGACGGUCACCAAAGCCUGCCCCCCCCCCGCCCCGUUUUGCAGGGCCAGUGGACUGGCCGGGACCAGGGCGCAGGGCCCACACUGUCCAUGUGUGGAGGGCGCUCACCCCAGCGGCCUCGGUCCAGGAGAGGGGCCAGUUCUGCCCGAACAUCUCUGCUCAGUUACGGACUAAGGCCCCACCUUCUGCCCACAGCAUGGAGUCAGGGGCCUGUUUGUCUCAGGGGACUUCCUGCCCCAGUUGCCUUCCCAGUUCUGUUGUGUGGCUGCAGUUGCCCGCCUGCUGGGGUCCCUUUUGUGACCCCCCUUCCCUGGGUGGAGCCGGGAGCUGGUGCCAUGCCUUCAGAUGGGCGCUCCUUGUCCCAGCCAUGAGGGAGCCCCUGCUUCCUAGUCAGGCCUCGAGCUGCUCACUCGGCUCCGGGAUCACGACUGGAGGGUGAGCGCAGGGGACAGAGAGGGGGGUCCCUGCGGCCCUUUAAGGGGAUUAAGAUGACAGUGGCCCUAGCACCAAACUCCUAUGAGCUGAGCUGACAGCCUCGACCCCUUUAGGAAGGGCCCCAAAGGGAGGCUGGGAAAUGGGCCAGAGCUUGGGGUAUAAUGUGUAUGUGUGUGUGUGUGGUUUUGUUAGGUUGUGUGUAAAUUUGCAAAUCGUUUCCUUUACACACACACACACACACACACACACACACACACACAAAUAAAGUUUAGUUGUCCGGGAAA